AAACCAUCAUCUACGACUAAAUUAAUAGCCACUGAAAAACUAAAUCCAACCAAACCUACAACAUUCUUUACAACAUUCACUUAUUUUACAACAUCUUAUCUUGAUAAUGAGACAGUAGUUAAUAGUAGAUUGGAAACAAUAACUAAUAUAUUAAAUACUACAGAACCCGAAGAAAAUAUGAACAACGAGGAURCUGAAGGUGAAGAUAGUGUUAUUAAAACUACACCAGGGCAACCAUUAAAUACAAGUAUACCAAUUGCAGUUUUAAAACCUACAGGAUCAUUGUCUUCAAUUACAUCAGUUAAAGUUAGCAACGGAGAAACCACAUUAUUCUCCACAGAUGUUUAUGGUACUUACAUUGAUGGGUUAUAUGUUCAAAUACUUGAAAGUAAGUCGAAUAUCAUAAAAAAUACAUCACCAAGCGAUGUAAAAAUUAACAGUAAAAGUACUGGGGUUGUAGCAUUAAAUGAAGGUAAAAUCAUUGAUGCCGACGGAGUAAGUACUACGUUCUAUACAACAAAAGCACUUGGUACUUAUAUUGAUCAACUUUAUGCUCAAGUUAUUGAAAGUACAUCGUCAAUCAAGGUUAACGACAAAAAAAAAACUGGUGAACCUUCAACGACAGUUCUAGGUACAAAAACGUAUCGUACCGGCUUAAUAAGUUUAAUUGAAGGAACUAGUGUUAAGGAUAUUAGUACAACUUAUUAUGAAACUAAAGUAAUUGGAAAAGUGAUUGAUGGAAAAUAUACACAAGAAUUUGAAAGUGAUUCUAAAGUUAAAAUAGGACUUCAACCAACUGUUGUUCAAGAAAUGAAAGCAUCUUCUACACAACUUAAUGAAAUAUUUCAAAGUGAAAUUCCAAUAUCACCAUCACCUGCAACAAUUGAAAGUUCACAGGGUGAAAAUGGAUCAACAACAGAAAAAAGUGAAGAAACCGAUGACGAGAACUCAUCUAAAAAGAAAACAUUCCCCGUAAUAAGACCAUUUGCAUCAAGACCAAGACCAACUUUUCAACCAAAAAAGAAGUCUACUGAUAGUUUGAGCGCUGCUACUAUAAAUAGGAGUAUAACACCGACUAUAGUUGCAACUCCAGCGUUAAAAACAAACGAAAAGGGUUUAGGACCAUCAAGCAGAAACCGAUUUUCUGGUGUCAGGAAAACCAGUACAUCACAAUUAUCUGAAAUAACACCAUCACCAUCGAAUAGUCGAAAAUAUUCUAGGUCUAAGAGUGCUAAUACACCAAUAGUUUCUGCUUCGGUUAGUUUUAAAAGUAGAACACCUUCAUCGACUUUGAAAAUAUCUCCAACAACUUCUGUGUCUAGUUUUGGUGGUGCUAGAAGAAGCAGUUUAAAUCAAAGACAAUCAAGUUCAAAACUACCAGAAUCAACAAUAAAAAACUCCUCAACUCCAUCACGGUUUAGAAUACGACCGACAGUAUCAUCUAAUUAUAAUCGAUUUUCAAGUACUUUAACAACAAGUACAGAAGAAGUACAAGAUAACAACGAGGUAAGCACAUCAUUAGUACCUGAUGAAACUUUGUUAAUUUCUAAUAACGAGGAAGAUGAAAGUUUUACUGUACCUUCAACAACAUCAACAGAGUCAUCAAGAAGAGGAAAUAAUCCAUUACUGAAACUUCGACGUCCUCCAUUACAAAAAGCUUCAAUAACAACACAACCACCACGACGAAAUCCG